AUGGAGGCGGCGCUGGACACGUAUAAGACGCCGCCGCACUGCCGACACUGCACCAGUGGUCAGCGUCGCCAACACAGCUCUGAGAUGAGCAGAUGGAGCGCAGCCGAGCAGCGGCCGGCCGGCCCGCCGCUCUUCACCCUGCUCAUAGGGCUGCUGGCAGCCGGGCGCACCGGCGCCAGCUCCGACACGGAGACGGUGCUGUUGCGCGACCUGGACUUCCUGGACCGGCUGACCAACCCGUGCCAGAUCGGUGUACCCGAAUGCAACGGUCUCCACCUCGAUAGCCAGCCCCAGAUAUCGGAUAUAUCCGGCCUACCACGUCGGCAGGCGCUGCUCGAGAUGUUCCGGGUGUUCCUGUCGGAGACGGCACACCUGCAUUUGAUGCGCCAGGAGAUCCUCGAGUCGCACCACACGUGCGGCAACGAAAGCCUGCGCCUCGUCGAGGACGUGUUCUCGCUGGCGGGUCUUCUGCAGAAUAUCCUCUGCGUCAUCACGGAGAGCUUGCCAUCCAGGCUGCUUCAGCCUGUGCUGGAGGGUAUCUCGGACCUGACGCUGCACAAGUUCCGCGACUGUCCGCGACGGCUGAUGCGGAACUGCCUGGUGUUGGAAAACACUAGCGACAUGCUGUCGCUAUCGCUGCAGUACAUGCUGGAAUCGGAGGCAGGGCAGGCCAACUUCCUGCAGCCGCGUCUCAUCCGCCACAACCCGCGGCUGCGAGCUGACUAGCCAAUCAGCGACGGUCCCAGCCCGCCGGACCGCCCACUGGACCAACCAGCGCCCUACGGACCACCAUCGCC